UUCGCGUCUAUGAGCAGGACAAAGGAGUCCAUUAUCAAUGGUUAUACUGCGGCUUUUAUCUGAAAGAAGUGCUGUGUUUAUUAGCAGGGCUUGCAUCUGGGUAUAUAAACCCUCUUCAAGCCCGGCAACUUUGCUUUCGACCAAACUACCCUUUCUCUCACAUUUCUACUACUUAUUGCCUUCUCCAGUAAUUAUGCUAGACCGUUCAACCCUUAUGCUAAAGCAUUAUGGGACUGAUGAUCCCGAAAAGGUUAAAGCUAUAAUAGAAGAAGACAAGAAGGCGGCACACCGCAUACCAGACAACAAGUUAGUUAAGAUGCCCUUCCCAUAUUAUGCGCCCAGCGACUCUCUUCCUCCAAUACCCACCCCUGAGGAUGUUGAGAACGCUCUAACCCCGGAAUACCUUCGGAGUAACCGCGAAGGUUCCUGGGCAGACGUCUUUCGUAUUAAUACUGUAUACGCUGUUAAAUUUUCUCAAAACAACAAACUUCUACAGGAAGCCGAAAAUCUCCUCUUUCUCCAGGAGCAUGAAAUUAGGACGCCUAAAGUAUAUGCGGUCUUUUCCCACCAAGGAGCGGAUCCUCUAGGCUAUUUGAAGAGAAGACUCAGAAAAACAUGGACUCGUUCCACCCUACCUACGUACUACUACCUAGUUAUGGAUUUUGUUGAUGGCGUUGGUCUCAAUGAUAAUUCGUGGCAAGACUUUACGCUUGAGGCUAGGAUGAAAAUUUACGAUAAAAUCGGUGAACAAGUCCGGUUACUCCGCUCUAUCCCACCUCCGAAUCCAAGUUACUACGGUCGUAUCAAUUACCAGGGAUACCAUCCUUACGAUAUGAUAAUAGGCCCCACCCGAGACCUAGUUGGCCCUUUCAAUACAUAUAAAGCCUUUCUCGACCACCUUUAUAAUAACUUUGAGAGCAACCUUGCGGGCAAACUUACAAGAGACGGAUCGGAGAUUAAAGCUACUCAUCAGCUAUUUUCCUCCAACUUCUUUGACUGCUUUGACGAGUCCUCGAAGAGCGGGGAACCCAAACUUUCACAUAUGGACCUUAAGCUCGAAAACAUGAUCUUUGUACCAUCAGCAUCAAAUCCGUCGAAUCGAGUCGAAGACUACGAUGUCUGGAUAAUCGACUGGGAAUAUUUGUGUUGGUAUCCUGCUUGGGCAGAAGCUGCAGCAGCAAGGCAACAGCUUCCACGACACCACACUGACGAGUGCGUGGAAGCGGAAUGGGGGGUGUCUAGAGGGAUCAAGCCAUUUUACUCUGCUCAGGCACGUUUUUUCGGGGAGUGCCGCUUUGCGUUUGGCGGUACAUUUUGCUGAGGAUAAUGACGCCUCCCCCCCCAAAAAACCCUUCCCCUCCGCCCCCCCAAAAAAAACCAAAAAAAAAACCCGG